GAGGCAGACAGCACGUUGGGAAAACAUAUUCAGAGAGGCCAAAGGGCUCUUCAUCUGCAGCCAGCAGCCCCCCGCUACAACAACACUCAGCCAUGACCGAGAGGCGUAUUCCCUUCACCCUGCUCCGCACCCCGAGCUGGGACCCCUUCCGUGACUGGCAGCAGAACAGCCGCAUCUUCGACCAGGCCUUCGGCAUGCCGGCCCUCCCCGAAGACUUCCACGCAUUCCCCAGCACCCACUGGCCGGGGUAUCUGCGGCCCUCCGUCCUGGCCCCGGACAUGACCCCCAUGAUGCCCCAAGUCCCUAUGAUGUACCCAGGCGCCAUGAUGGCCCACCAGGCUCGUGCCCUGUCCCGCCAGAUGAGCAGCGGCGUGUCAGAGAUCAAGCAGACCCAGGACAACUGGAAGGUGUCGCUGGACGUCAACCACUUCUCCCCCGAGGAGCUGGUGGUGAAGACAAAGGACGGUGUGGUGGAAAUCACUGGCAAGCAUGAGGAGAGGAAGGACGAGCACGGUUUUGUAUCCAGAACCUUCACCAGGAAAUACACCCUCCCCGCUACGGCUAACGUUGAGAAGGUGACCUCCACCCUGUCUCCUGAAGGGGUGCUGACCGUGGAGGCUCCUCUGAACAUACCGGCCAUCCAGUCCUCCGAGACCACGAUACCUGUCAACGUAGACAACAAAGGAGGCGUGGUGAAGAAGUAGGAAGAAAAGCAGCGCAUUGCCCCCCCCCACACAUUCAAAUGAGCACUUUAUCCUCCAACACGCUUCUAGACAGGUGAGGAAGCAGCUUGUCGCUCUUCCUAAAGCAGGCUUGUUCACACGCCGGGAUUGCCCUUGCUCUUGUCUCUCCCCUCCCCUCCGUCUCUGGUAAUGAGCCAACCCCAGCUGAGUGCACUGUGCAAACACAUCUGCACCGAUGCCAUAUGCCUGCUCAUUCUGCUGUAAUUACACUCUUCAUCUGAAUGUAGGGAGUCACAGCUUAGCCCCGCUCACAGCCUUCGUUCUGCCUCUGCCUCGCGUACAGCACCCACAUGUGCACCUUCCUCAUCUCUGUUGAGUAAAUCCCCUUCAUGAUGCCUCCACAGACACACUAACCAGAGCAGUAAACGAACUGUAGUAGCAGUGUUCCUGUAGAUUACAAAAAACAAGAACACACUGCCACUGUAAGUGAUCUUCCUGGACAGGAAAUAGUCUGGUUUUAUGUGCCGUUGCCUUUUGAAACAAGCUGUUCAGUCGUGCAGAAUAAAGAACAAAGGACAGACUGAGCCUCUUCUGUUUUUUAU